UUGUGCCGGUGCUGUAUAAUGAGAAUCCCGGCACGCUUAUAAAACCAGGGGCGGAGAGCUCCCUGCAGGGCUGUUCUGUGCGGACCUGGUCCUCCGCGGAGCAUCGCAUCGCUGUGCCUCGUCAGCCAAGGUCUGUUUCCCACCAGCACGGCCAUGCUGGGAACAGCAGUGCAGCUCUCAGUCCUGCUCGGUCUCCUAGGCUUGGGGAAUGCACAGAUGUUCUACAUGGGACCAUGCCCAGACCCACCAGUGCAGGAGGACUUCAAUAUCAACAAGUAUUUGGGAAAGUGGUACGAGAUAGAAAAGCUGCCCUCGAAUUUCGAGAAAGGAAGCUGCAUCCAGGCAAACUACUCGCAGAAGGAGAACGCGAAGUUUAAAGUGAUCAACAAGGAGUUGCUUUCCAGUGGCAAAAUAAAUGAAAUCGAAGGAGAAAUGCUGCACACAGACGUGAAGGAGCCGGCCAAGCUGAGCGUCCGCUUCAGCUGGUUUAUGCCCCCUGCCCCAUACUGGGUCAUCUCCACUGACUAUGAAAACUACGCACUGGUGUACUCCUGCACCAGCAUCUUCUGGUUUUUCCACUUCGAGUAUGCCUGGAUUCUGUCCCGAGCUCCUGACAUGCACCCAGACACCGUAGAGCACCUGAAGAGCAUGCUCCGGUCCUACAAGAUCGACACCGACAAGAUGAUACCCACAGAUCAGCUCAACUGCCCCGCCGAGAUGUAACCGCAGCCCCGCGCAGCAGGACGGCUCCCAACUGGGUCGCUUCCCUUAUUAGCCAGUAGUGUCUCUGUGUAAGCGAGCAAAGCAAUGUUCCCUUUGCUCACAGUAGUCUGCCAACCCCAGGCACCCUGUGCAUCACUCCUGCUGUUGCUGUUCCUGAUGUUCCUCUCAUUCCAUCUCAUCCCACCUGACUUGUGCAGCGUGGCUGACUGCAGGCUGAUGGGGGAAGACAACCAGCCCCGAUGUGCAGGCGUGGGGCUCAGCUGCUGCCAUGGGUCCUGCAGCACGUGGAUGCAGAAAGCAUUGAGACGCAGGGGAGACCCAUCACGAACCCAGUUUUGGUUCUGAUGCUUCUAGGCCCGCUGGGAGGACAGGGGGGCAGGCAUUUUGAGUGUGCUUCCUCUUCAAGCUGCUGCCACAUCUGAUCCUCCCUAGAAUUCAGAUUUGGUCUUUUGUAUUUAAAGUCUCCAAGUGCCCAGAACCUCAUCUCAGCUCCUUCCCGUGGUCUCCAUGUCCCCCAUCUGCCCCCAUUGAGGCCCCGCAGAGCAUCAGGUGCAGCACUCACGUUCUGAUGCACAUCCCAUAGCAGCUCCUACCUGUGCCGUGCCAUACCCUGCUUCUGCACCCUGCCCUGCUCAGCACCUCGCUCCCCCUGCAGCUCUGCUCGCAUCGCACCACAGCAACUCAUUAAAAAUGAAACCAAGCACCCUC